AUGGAGGCUUUCCCCUGGGCGCCCCGCUCGCCCCGCCGCGGCCGCGCCCCCCCGCCCACGGCGCUCGUGCCCAGCGCCCGCCACGUGAGCGCCCCGGGCCCGGCGCACCCGCAGCCCUUCAGCUCGUGGAAUGACUACCUGGGGCUCGCCACUCUCAUCACCAAGGCGGUGGACAGCAACCAGCGCAGCGGCAGUCCCCCGCCCUCCUCCGUCUCCUCGGUCUGCUGCUCGCCCCACGCAGGGGCCGGGCCCGCAGCCGGGGCCCUGGGGCCGGCGCUGGGGCCAGCCGACUACGACGAGGACGACGGCGACGACGACGACGACAGCGACGAGCCGGGGCCUCGGGGCAGCUACCUGGGCGGUGCGCUGGAGCUGCGCGCGCUGGAGCUGUGCGCGGGCCCCGCCGAGGGCGGGCUGCUGGAGGAGCGCUUCGCCGAGCUGAGCCCGUUCGCGGGCCGCGCCGCCGCCGUGCUGCUGGGCUGCGCGCCUGCCGCCGCCACUGCCCUCGCCACCGCCGAGGCGGCGCGGCGCGAAGAGCGGGCCCCGGCGUGGGCGGCCGAGCCCCGGCUGCACGCGGCCUCCGGGCCGACCGCGCGGCUGCUCAAGCCCGAGCUGCAGGUGUGCGUGUUCUGCCGGAACAACAAGGAGGCCGUGGCGCUCUACACCACGCACAUCCUGAAGGGCCCGGACGGGCGAGUGCUGUGCCCGGUGCUGCGCCGCUACACGUGCCCCCUGUGCGGCGCCAGCGGGGACAACGCGCACACCAUCAAGUACUGCCCGCUCUCCAAAGUGCCGCCGCCGCCUGCCGCGCGCCCGCUACCGCGCGGAGCCCGGGACGGCCUGCCGGGCAAGAAGCUGCGCUGA